CACCACCGUAUUUGUCUCGUUUUUCAAAAUCAUCCCUCAAUUAAGGAUCCCUCUUCCUGUCCUUACCCCCAUUCUACAUUUUCUUUCUUCUUCCUCUUCAUUCCUCUCUAGGCUUUUGUUUCCCCUUUGGUCGACAAAAUGGCGAAUGCGGCAUCUGGAAUGGCAGUAGAUGACGAAUGUAAGCUGAAGUUCUUAGAGCUAAAGGCGAAGAGGAACUACAGGUUCAUCGUUUUCAAGAUCAACAACCAGCAGGUGGUGGUCGACAAACUCGGCGGCCCCGACGAGACCUAUGAAGAUUUCACGGCCGCUCUACCCGUGGACGAGUGCCGCUACGCCGUCUUCGAUUUCGAUUUCACCACGUCGGAGAACUGCCAGAAAAGCAAAAUUUUCUUCAUUGCUUGGGCACCAGAUGCAUCAAGGGUGAGGAGUAAGAUGGUGUAUGCGAGCUCAAAGGACAGAUUCAAGAGGGAAUUGGACGGGAUUCAAGUUGAGCUGCAGGCUACGGAUCCUAGUGAAAUGAGCUUCGACAUUAUAAAAGCUCGGGCUAUUUAA